AUGUCUGUCGUCAAGUCUCGCGAUCGCAGUCGUAGCCGGUCCCCACGGAAAGGCAAGUCCCGGAAAUCCUCGUCUUCAGAUUCGUCUUUUGUCGAUAUUUCGAGACCAGCCCGCAAGUCUGUCGCAGGAGGCUUCGGCUCUUUCUUCACCGCGUCCUCUGACAAUCGCAAGAAACGUCGAUCAAAAAAGCGCAGAGGCAUCUUCUCCUUCAACAACUCGUCGUCGUCGUCUGUGGAUAAUGAUUUGGCGUUUGGAACAGCUUAUGCCAGGAAACCUACCGGUAAGUCCAAAAAAGGUAAGAAGAAGGACCGAGGGGACGUUGACGCCGCGUUGUUGGGAUUAGGCGCCGCCGCAACUGCGUUGGCUGCCACCUCUCAUCGUCGAGGUCGGCGACGAGGCGAGAUCUUAGCAGGUAAAGAUUCGAGAUCUGGCCCGUCCGACUAUGCCUCUUCCGCAACCAACGACGAGGGUUGGGAGGAUCUAGACUCUGCAGACCAGUCAUCCUCAAGUGUUAGCUCAGCUCUGGCAUUCGGAGAGAGCGGGAGAUUUGGUGGCGAUGAUUCUUCCCACUCGUCUGAUUCCAGUACAUCACUCUGGGGGUGGAGAUGGGGUAGCAAAAAGAGCAAAAAGGGCAGAAAGAAGGGCCAAAAGAAGGAUUACCUCCCUCCCGCUGCCGCCGUGGGCGCUGGAGCUCUAGGAGCUGCAGCCCUAGCUUCUGGCCGACAUCGUGACAGCAGAGCGGACAGCCGGGAUGCUGGAACCAGUAGCACAGGAAGCCUCCAGCAAGUGGCCCCAAUACCGACCAGUGAUCCAUCCCGCUUCGAAACAGUCAACAUUGCCUCUCUUCCCCCGGAGCCUGCUUACGUUGGCCCGGGGGCUAUCCCUCUCCAGCAGCCUCAGCCUGUCACACCAGUCUCCCAAGCAGUGUAUACCUCUCAGGGAGAAUCCAUCCAUGCAUACACUGCACCCGCUGGCCCCCCGAUAUUCGAUAACGCUUAUGGACAGCCUGGGUAUGGUCCACGUGCAACAACUGAUCCUCAGUGGAAUAUUACCUCCUUUCCAGGAGGCCCAUCAGAUGUUUCACGCCCUCAUCGGCGCAGCGAUUCCUCACCCAUCCCCCAUACUGAACCGUUGGCCGGUGUGACUUCAACAAGCUUGAAGCGCCACUCUACCCUGAAAGAACAACCAUCUGUCCAGUUUGACUUGACUCAUGAGCAAGAAGAGAAAGAGCGACGUGCUGCUCGCUUGGAGAGAUCGAAGCGCGACUCGGACCGCUACGACGGAGUCCAGCUUAUCGAUCGCGAAAGUGAGCGCGGUGGUGAACGAGCAUCGCGCCGUUAUGACGACCGCGAAGAAAGACAACGCCGGGAACGCGACUACGAUGACAACUAUGAUAGAGACCGCAAAGAGAAGGAUUCGUCGUCUUGGAUUGGGGCAGCUGCCGCUGGCACGAUAGGGGCUGCAGCCGCAGCCGCCGUUCUUUCCCGGACAUCUAACGAUGAUGCCUCUGAGUCGAGCCAACGGCGCCAUGAUGAACGCCGUCAAAAGCGGCGGGCUGAGAGACGUCGUAUGACAGACGAUUCAUCCGUUGGCAGCUUCCCCAUGUCUGAUGAGAUCGAAGAGCGUUCAUAUACGAAGCGAGAGCGGUCACCAUCGCGGCGCUCUACGUACCCAGAGCCCGCUAGACCAAAGCCAACGUACGAGAAUUACGCAGAAUUCUUCGCUCCUGAGGGCCUGCGAUACAGCCCCGACACUUAUGCUCAGCGUGAACCCACUUCUAUGCCUACCAUCAUCGAAGCAGUUCCUGCAAGUGAAAGGUCACAGUUUGUCACUGAGGAGCCGCAUCCAGAUUACACCAAUCUCCCCUGGCCGGUGCCUUCCCUGAAAAUAACCGAGCCCACGCCUCCUCAGAGCUUAAGUGGCUCGGUCAGAGAUGCAACGUCGCCGAUCCCACACACUCCCGAGGUGAUCCCAGAAGACAAGGAACGGGAACGGGAGACGACUGGCUCCCGGGUAUCGUGGGGCAAACACGAGCUCCAUGAGUAUGAAGUACCCUCCACAUCAUCUGAUCACGAUUCGCUUGAUCGCGAACCAAUCUCACCAAAAAACGCUUCUCCGAUUGAGGAGAUUCCCCGGAGCACCGAGUCUCCCCGAUCGAAGAGUGCUGAAAAGACCUUUGGUACGGAUAUUGAAUUUGCAGCAACCGUCGCUGCAGCAACUGCCGCUGCAGGCUUUGACCCUUCUAUUAUAACCGAGGACCCAGUCUAUCACACACGGUCCUCGCCGCCUGGAUCAGAGAAGAUCGACUCAUGGACAGAGAUCGUUCCCCCCCGCGACGGCCCACGUGGCUUUGUCGAAGGUGAGGUCGACACACCUCAGGAGAGAUUCAUCGAGAGUGAGCCGCUAUACGCCGAGCCGGUUGCCGUGUCCCCCAGGGACAAUGAGCAUGAGUCGCAGCCGCGUCCUUCCAUUGCGCAAGAGGUAAUCGCGCAACUCAGCCAGAAGCAAGAGCCCGAGGCAGGCGAACGUAACCUGCCUCAGUCAUCUCCUGAACAGGACUACUCAAUGCCCGGGGGCUUCGAGCCCGGUACCUCUCGUGGAGAAGUGAAGGAUGAUUCGCGAUCUGUCGUUUCCGCCCCAAUGCCUGGUGACUUUGAAGAUGACUCCAGAAGGACCCAUGACUUCGAAAUGAUGGACAACGCGUCAACUCCGGCUGCCGAAGAAGCCGCCGUUGAAGGGAAGAAGAAACGCCGGAAGAGGCGAUCCAAACGGGACAGUGGCGACUUAAUGGAUGACUCGGUCUCGGUCACCUCUUCGCCUGCUAGGAUUGGGGAAGCUGGCGAUAAAGGUAAGAGAGGGGAAGAGAAGGAGAGGAAGUCUGGCGGUUUCCUUAGCAAUUUGUUUGGGUCGCGGGUCUCCGAGCCGGUGGAAAGCAAGAAAUCAUCUUCUGAUGAUGGACGGGUGUCCCGUGAGGUCCAGUCAGAGAUUGGCCCUCGGACGUCUGAAGAAUCCAGACGUCGGCGGAAAGAGAGAUCUUCUAGCCGGCGUAGCUCUGGUCACGGAGACCGGCUAGAUGAUGAAUUUGCGCCCGAAGACACUCUAGCUGCGGACAAGGAGAACAUUAACGUUGAAAGCUACAAGUCGAGCAGGCAGCGACGGGAAGAAAGACGACGCCAGAGACAUGAAGGAAUUCUGGAUUCGGAUAAAGGGGCCGAGGCCGAGAAGGUAUAG